AUACAUGUUUGUAAAGAAAGUGUAGUGACUUUGCUUUAAAUAAAUUUUAUUUAUAAUCUACUAAAGCCAACUUAAUUUAUAACAUACAUUAGCAAAUUUGUGCAUUUAAAUAAUGUUAAGAAAAGUGCCGUUAAUAGUUAUACUGGGUUCAACCGGUACAGGAAAAACAAAAUUAUCUCUCGAGCUGGCCGAACGUUUUGGUGGCGAAAUUAUUAGUGCUGACUCUAUGCAAGUGUAUGCUAAUUUAGAUAUUGUAACAGCUAAAGCCACUAAAGAGGAACGGGCAAAAGUAAAGCAUCAUUUGUUAGAUGUAGCAACACCGUAUGAACCAUUUACAGUGACGCAUUUCCGCAAUCAGGCUUUACCAAUCAUUAAUAAUCUUCUAAAUGAAGGCAAAAGUCCAAUAAUUGUUGGUGGCACUAACUACUAUAUUGAAGCGUUGCUUUGGGAUAUUUUGAUUAGCAAUCCUACGGAUGGAGGGCCUCAUAUGAAAAUCAAUAGUGACAGCAGCGAAGAGAAUGCCGCGAUGAGCGACAAUAACGCUAAUACUACAACGUCUGAGAAUUCCGAAAAUUGGUUAUUUAUAACUGAAAGUGAAAUGCUGACAAUGUCGUCGGAAUUGUUGUACAACCAUUUAAAGAAAAUCGAUCCCGUAACUGCCCAGCGCAUACAUCCGAACAAUAAAAGGAAAAUAAUGAGAGCCAUUCAAUAUUAUCAAGAUAGUGGGCAAACGUUAAGUUUUAAAAUUAACGAACAACGCCAACAACCUGGUGGUAAUCGCUUAGGUGGACCGCUACGUUAUCCUCAGGCCAUAUUGUUGUGGUUGAAAUGUAAUCAGGAUAUAUUAAAUAGACGUUUGGAGAAGCGCAUCGACUCUAUGCUAGAAGGAGGUCUAUUACGCGAAAUACGAGGCUUUUACAAUGAACACAAUCCAAAUAAAAACUUAUUUAAUGCGGGCAAUAAUUUAUAUACUAAAGGGGUUUUGCAAACAAUCGGUUUCAAAGAAUUUAUACCAUAUUUAGAGCAAUUUGAUGCGGCAAACGAUGAACAAAUUGAAGCUUAUCUAAAAACAAAUGAAUACAAGAUGCCAACUGAAGGUGCAAUGAAUGUAAGUGCCGGCGGUGGAUCGGAAACACAAUUACCAGUUGGCUUAAGUACUUUAAAUACAUGCUUGAAUGAAUUGAAAUUGGUUACACGACGCUAUUCGAAGAAGCAACAAAAGUGGAUUAAUAAUCGUCUUUUGGCUUGCACUGAUAGAGAUGUUCCCGAUAUCUACGAGCUGGACACUGGCGAUGUCAAUCAGUGGCAAAAUAAUGUUUAUAGACGUGCCGUUACCAUAAUUGAUUGCUACCUUAUGGGAGACUAUUGCGAAAUGAAACCGUUAAAGAAGCGAAUACAUCCUGGCGCCGGUUUAAAUCAAGAGAUCUCAAAUUAUUGCACAAUAUGUGAGAGGCAAUUUAUCGGUGAAUAUCAAUGGUAUUUACAUCUAAACUCCAAUAAACAUAAAAAACGUAAAGAGAGCAAAAAGAAACGAGAAAAAUUGGAAAUGGUCGAAAAGGAUGACAGCAAAGUCGGGAGUACUCAAUAAGAAAAUGUCAUUUUUAUUGAUUUUUUUGAAAAUAUUAAUUACAUACAUACAAGUAUAUAACAAUAUUUUAUUGUUUAUAAACUGGUUUUGUGCACAAAAUCGCGCGAAAUCGUGAUGCACUCUGCUAUUUAUUAACGAUUGAUUACAAGCUGGAUAAGCUGGAUAACAUCUAAAAAUCAAACAUAAUAAUAAACUGUUACAUAAAGACAAACACAUUUAAUAAAUAAAAGACAACAAAGAUUUUAUACAUAAACAGUUUGUCUGACUAUAAAUAAUAGAUAUGUGUGUAGUGUAGUGUAUAACAUUGAAGUUCUUUAUACGUUCAUAUUAUAGUAUAAAUA